ACCUGUGUUUUCCGUUUCUCAGCCACUGGUGACUCCGUUGUGCACGGCCUGGAACGGAAUGGCAGUGAACACAGCCUGAAAUUCCACGCCGGCAACCUGAUCUUGUAGCCAGGAGCCAGUUCAGAAAAGUUUGGCCCUUCAUAUUUCUAAAGCGGCCUUUUCUCUUUUCGCUACAGAAAUGGGCAAGUUUAUGAAACCCGGGAAGGUGGUGCUGGUUUUGGUCAGAUGCUACUCUGGAUGCAAAGCCAUCAUGGUGAAGAACAUUGAUGAUGGCACCUCAGACCGGCCAUACAGCUGUGCUCUGGUGGCUGGGAUCGACCGUUAUCCACGCAAAGUGACAGCUGCCAUGGGCAAGAAGAAAAUCGCCAAGAGGUCAAAGAUCAAGUCUUUCGUGAAAGUUUAUAAUUACAAUCACCUUAUGCCCACGAGGUACUCCGUAGAUAUCCCCUUGGACAAAACUGUUGUCAACAAGGAUGUCUUCCGAGAUCCUGCCCUUAAACACAAGGCACGAUAAGAGGCAAAAGUCAAGUUUGAGGAAAGGUACAAGACUGGCAAGAACAAAUGGUUCUUCCAAAAACUAUAAUUUUAGACAUUU